AUGGAUAAUAACCGAGCAUCUUCGCUCUCCGACUCAGGAACAGCAUUCGAAAAUGUCCCGAUGGAUAAUCAGACCCGUGGUGUAGGUGCAGGUGCAUCGAUUGAAAAGGGAUCGUAUGAGGAUGGGAAAGUCCCGUUCAUGACGGCGAGGACGUUCUUUAUGUGUAUACUGGUUUCCAUGGGUGGUAUCUGUUUUGGGUAUGAUACCGGACAGAUCAGUGGAUUUCUGGAGAUGGAGAACUUCCUGUAUAACUUUGCCGACCAGAGAGAACCUACUCUUGCCUUUACUUGGCGACGAUCGGGACUGAUUGUUGGAAUGCUCUCCAUCGGAACUCUCUUCGGUGCUUUAAUCUCUGCACCUAUUGCCAACCAUCCAAAGGUUGGAAGAAGACUUAGUAUAUUCGGAUGGUGUAUGGUCUUCAUCGUCGGAAACAUCAUCCAGAUCGCUGCAUCAUAUCCCAAGUGGUACGAGAUGAUGGUUGGACGUAUUGUUGCUGGUCUCGCCAUCGGAGGUCUUUCUGUUCUCGUACCUAUGUAUCAAGGAGAAAGCUCCCCCGCUCAUAUCCGUGGUGCCAUCGUCUGUUGCUACCAACUCUUCAUCACCAUCGGGAUCCUCCUCGCCAACCUCAUCAACUUCGGCACCGAAUCAAUUUCCAACACCGGAUCAUGGCGAAUCCCCAUCGGUAUCAGUUUCGCAUGGGCUCUAAUCCUAGCCAUCGGCAUCCUCUUCUUCCCAGAAACUCCACGAUUCGACUUCCGUAACGGGAAAAUCGAUAAAGCGCGCAAGACUAUCGCGAAGCUCCAUGGUGUCAGUGAGAACCAUCGUGUCGUAAGAGAUACUAUGCUUGAUCUUGAGGAAAAGCUCGCUGCAGAGGACACGAAGACUGGAAUUUUGGAGGUGUUCAAGGGAGAGAGGAUGAUGUAUCGUAUCCUCCUCGGUGUUGGAAUCCAGGCAUUCCAGCAGUUGACCGGUGCCAAUUACUUUUUCUACUACGGAACAACCAUCUUCUCCUCAAUCGGUAUCGACAACUCCUUCAUCACACAAAUCAUUCUCGGCUCCGUCAACGUCAUCUGCACCUUCCCAGGCCUCUACAUGGUCGAGAAAUUCGGCCGCAGGAGAUGUCUUACUAUUGGUGCGCUAUGGAUGGCGAUGUGUUUCCUGGUGUUCGCGUCGCUGGGUAACUUCAAACUUUACAAUGCGGACGGAAGUAGCAACCAGACCAUUGGAUAUGUUAUGAUUGUGUUUGCUUCGCUUUUCAUUGCGGCGUUUGCUAGUACGUGGGGUCCAAUGGCUUGGGCUGUGGUUGCAGAGAUGUAUCCUGGCAAAUACAGGAGUCAAGGUAUUGCGUUUUGCAGUGCGAGUAACUGGUUCUUUAACUUCUAUCUCGCCUUCUUCACACCCCUCAUCACGGACCAGAUCGAUUUCGCAUACGGAUAUGUCUUCGCCGGCUGUAACAUCUGCGCCGCUCUUCUCAUCUACUUCUUCUUAAUUGAAUCCAACGGCAAAUCCCUCGAGGAAAUAGACACGAUGUACUGCAUGCACGUCCCACCGCGCAAAUCCACACACUGGACUCUUCCAGAAGACGUUGUUGCUGCUAAUGCUCUUGCCCGAGAGCAAGGACAACGCGAUCGUGGUUUGAGAGAGCGGAAACAUAAUCUCGCUAAUGGGGGAGAGAAGAAUGAAGUUGAGAAUGUUGGGAAUGGAAACACAGGUAUGUUUGAAGGGAGUAGAGCAUAG